AUGGAAUUAGGGGCAGAUUUAAAUCCCAAUAAGAGGGGAUUAACUGUUUGGAGGGUUAAGAACGAGAAAUUGGUCACAGUAGACGCAAAUGAUCAUGGAUUUUUUCACGAGUAUGGUGUCUAUGUCAUAUUAAAUGUUAAUAUAGAAAAUGUCAAAUCAUUACAUGUGUGGAGAGGACGUCUUUCUUCAGAGGUGAAUAAAAAUACGGGACAUGAAAGAGUUCAUGCGUUAGACGAACAACUUGGUGGUUGCCAUAUUUUGUCUGUACAGCACCAAGGAUAUGAAUCCAAUUGUUUCACGUGUAUAUUUCCUGAAGGAAUCGUAUAUCUUGAGGGUAGUCCGAAAACUGUACCAAUAAAAGCAGCCAAGUACGUCAAAAAACUGUAUACAGUCUAUGGAAGAGACUAUGUUCGUGCACAAUGUGCCGAACCGAUAAUAGAAGAGUUAAACCCAGAAGGUGCUGCCAUUUUAGAUAAUUUUCCACGAAUGUAUGUUUGGAUUGGAGAUAUGUGCCCUUUCAACUUAAGAAUAAAGGUGAUAGAGCUGGCCAGAAAAAUGAGAUGGAGUCAAAGAAAAGGAAAAGUGCACAUAAUUGUAGUUGACUCAUCAGAUCCUGCAGCAGAGAAAGCAUUCAAGAAGAAACUAAAAUCUAAGUUCUUACCGCCAUCUGAUCCUGAACCUAUCCCUGUUGAUGUCCAGACAAACUACCCCAUUCUUCAUAGGUUAAGCGGAGAAAGAGUUUUAUAUGACAUGCCUGUGGUUUCAUCUAAGCCUUUGAAACAAAAAUAUUUAGUUCUUAAAGAUAGUUACCUGUUAGACAGUGGACCAGAUAGCUGUAUUUAUGUCUGGGUUGGUCAUCAAGCAGCAUCUAAAGAUCUAUCAAAUGCUAUUUCAAGAGCUAUGACAUAUAGUAAUCAUCAUGACUAUCCUAGUAUAAAUUCUUUAUGUCGUGUUAGAGAGGGAUGGGAGACAGCAGAGUUUAAACAAUGUUUUCAAGAUUGGCAAGAAAGUGUAGUGAGAUACAGAAACCGUUCAAAAUCUAGACCUUCAACAUGUCUAAGUACAGGUAGAUUAAGGUCCUCGAGGUCUGACAGAUCAUAUCAUAUUUCUCCUAUAGAAGAGUUCUACUGUAAUUUGGAUGACGAUCUUGUAAAUAAUGAUGGUGAAACACAGAUAUGGUAUAUUAAAGAUAAUGAUUUGAUAGUAGUACCAUGGGACAGACAUGGUAUUUUUACCAAUGGUUUAUGUUAUAUUAUACUAUAUAGUACUAUGAAAAAUGGUUGUUCUCAGCAUGUACUUUAUUAUUGGCUGGGUUAUAAUUCUACAAGUACAGAUCAGAAAGCUGCCGUCAAAUUGAGUGAAUCCAUUAAUAAAUCUAUGCAGCAUAAAGCCACAGUGAUUCGUGUGCUAGAUGGUAAAGAACCACUGCAUUUCUUGACUGUAUUACAACACAGUAUGAUAGUGUAUGAAAGUCGGUUAAAGAGGGUCGAGAACGAUGAACAAAUGUUUGUAGUUAAAGAAUUAGAAAACGGCAGUAUGAAAGUUACACAGGUUGUACCAAAUAAAGUCUACCUUAAGCAGUCCGCGGUAAUCAUUUAUCUAUCAGACGUAGAUUGUUUCUUAUGGUUUGGUCAAGAAUCAGGCGGAGCAGAAAGGGAAUAUGCUAAAACAAUUUUAGCAUUUCUGUUACCAUCAAGAAUGUAUACAUUUGACAUCAUGUUGGAAGGAACCGAGACAAGUUAUUUUUGGGAUUUAUUUAAAACACAAUCUGAUGUUUUACCACUAAGAAAUAAAGUAGAAUAUGGUAGAAGAUUGCCUCGUCUUUAUCACUGUUGUUUUCAACACCUAAGUGUAAUGGAAAUUGUUAAUUUCUCUCAAUUGGAUUUAACAGAAGAUAACAUAUAUAUUGUGGACCUGUUUGACCAGAUAAUAGUGUGGUGUGGUAUGAAAUCAAGUAAAGAAAAUAAACAGAAAAUUACUCAACUUUUACUCGAAUUUCUGAAACAAGAUUUGGCCGAUAGAAAAGAAGAGAAUGUAGAGAUUUGGUACAUUCAUCAACAUUCAGAGCCUGCUAAAUUUCAGAAUAUAUUUUCGUCGUGGUUAGAUAACGGAUAUGGAAAUAUAGAAAAUUAUGAGCUUUCUCGAAAAAAGGUUCGACAAGAAAAUGCUAUUAUUCAUAUUCAUGUAGAUAUUGAUGAUCUGGACCACGUAUCUAAAAUAAAAUAUGAUCCAUUCAUACUUACCAGAUCUGAAUUACCAGAUGAUGUAGAUCCUAAAAACAAACAGGAUCACCUGAGUGACUGUGAUUUUAUACAAGUAUAUAAAGUAGCUAGAAGUCAAUUUUAUCGUCUACCAUCCUGGAAACAAUCACAAAUCAUUUGUUCAUCAAAAUUAGCUCCUGACAGAUAUUGCUUUUAG